AUGUGUUUUGAAGCCGAUCACUGUAAAUUUGAAUUCAGUUUCUCAAUUAGCAUCAAGACGGUCACAUUUCACAAAAACGCAAUGCUAAUACGCUUCCGCUUUUUUCUUCCGCUGGUACUUGGUGUGUGGCAGAUUCAAAGUUCUCCGGUUCAGAUCAAUAAUGAAACUGCCGAUCGUAAAACAAAAGCCGAGGAAUUAUUGAAAUACAUGAAUAAAACGGUGGAUCCUUGUGAAGAUUUCUAUGAUUAUGUUUGUGGCAAUUAUGCCACCUAUAAUCCGGCAACAUUUGAAGAACCGGGCACGGGACUGUCGGAGACCUUGCAAAGUAAAUUAGAUGCGAAAAUCAAAACAAUUUUAAAUACCGAUGAUAAGGAUGACUCUGAUGCGGAUCGGAAAGUGAAAAGCUAUUUUCGCUCGUGUUUGCAAAUAACAGAUUUGGCAGAGAAGUACCCUGCAAAGCUGCAGGAGAUUAUUAAAGAAUUUGGUGAAAUGCCAGCCUUGGUGGGUGAUAAAUGGCAGGAGACGGAAUUCGAUUGGCUUGAGGUGGUGGGCAAAAUUGUCUAUAAAUACGGCUUGGGAAUUCUUAUGAAAUUGGAUUAUUCAAAGGAUUUUGUUAACAACACCGUGAGUCGUUUAUAUAUUGCCGAACAAGAUUUCGAUUUACCCAGGGAGUUAUAUGUGGGACCAAACUCGGAUAAACUUUUCGAAAGACUACCAUCAGCAUAUGCGGUUAGAUUAACAGAAUUUCUUGGCAUUGCGGAGGAUGUGGCCUUGACAACGGCAAAGGAAUUUUUACAAUUUGAAAGAUCCAUUGCCAAGGCCAUGUUUGAUCAACAUGCUGGCGACAAGUUAAGUGAAACUUAUGUUCUGCGCACCCUAGACGAGGCUCAAGAGAAAUUCGCCUCACAAUUUGAUAUAAAACAUUAUGUAAAACUUGCAGUGGGUACUUUACCUUCAUUGAAAAUUUAUACCGACGAUGAUUAUAUGGACAAUAUGUUGGAAGUUUUGAAAACCACUCCGAAAAAAGUCCUGGCCAACUACAUUUUCUAUCGCCUGAUUAAUGCCUUCAUUAUGGAUAUACCCGAAACCAAGAACGAACUGGAAGAUACCUGUCUGACACGUAUGAAAAAAUAUUUCCAUAAAAAUUUCGACAAUAUGGUUUAUCGCAAAUACAAUAGCCUUGAAACGGAGCAGGGGGUCCAGGAGAUGUUUACUCACAUCAAGGCGGCCUUUCACAAACAACUACAAUCGCCCCAUUUGGAUUGGUUAUCGGAAGAGACUCGGCAAUAUGCCUUGGAAAAGCUAAAGAAAAUGCAAGUGGAAAUUGUUUCCUUCAAGGAUACAAAUUUCUCAAAAAUCCUAGGACCAUUGGAAUUUGAUAGCGAGGACUAUUUGGGAAACUUAAAGAAGAUGCUUUCGUCCUAUGCCAUUUAUGAUCGUAGCAAUAUCGGCGAAACGCCACCACCAAAUGAUUAUGGUGAAGAAUCAUCCACCACACCAUCCUAUAUUUAUGUAGAGAACACAAUUAAGGUUCCCGUGGUUAUGAUACAACCCAAUUAUGCCUGGUCUGCCACGUUUCCAAAUGCCUUCAACUUCGGCGUCCUUGGAGCCUUACUAUCCCACGAACUCAUACACGGUUUUGAUGGUGAAGGUCGUAACUUUGAUGCCCUGGGUAAUAAUCGUAAAUGGUGGGACACGAAUUCCGAUAGACAAUUUAAGAAACGUUCCGAAUGUUUCAUCCAUCAAUAUAAGGAUUUCAUUUAUGCCGGUCAACAUUUAUCCGAAAUGCCUAAUCAAGAUGAAAACAUUGCCGAUAAUAGUGGCGUCCGUUUGGCCUAUAAUGCUUAUCUCAAUUGGUAUGACAAUAGCAGGGAGAUGGAGCGAAAAUUGGAAUAUUUUCCUGGCAUGAACGAGUUCAAUUAUCGUCAAUUAUUCUUCACCAGUUAUGGUUAUUUAUGGUGUUCAGAUUUCUAUUCCAAAUACCGUAGAACACUGAUGGCCAUCGAUAUACAUGUUCCGGAUAAAUUUAGAGUUUUGGGUCCACUGUCGAAUUUUGCCGAAUUCUCUAAGGAAUUUAAGUGCCCGGUGGGUAGUAAAAUGAACCCGGAGAAGAAAUGUGAAAUUUAUUGA